AUGAAUAAUGCGAGGUCGGAGCCCAUCGAUGUGGGCACGCCAGCCGAGCGCAAUAAAGACGAGAAACAGGCACAGGAGUCGGAUGUGACCGCUUGCGACCGGGUGACGAAUGCUGUGGCACUACUCCUGGUUGCUGCUGUCAUGGUAACGUCGGUUGUGUGCGUCGCUGCCGGUGCAUGCUGCUUGGCGUCCUUGAAAGGGCUUCCAUUCGAGCGCUUCGAACUCUUCUUCGCGUUUGGCGUCGCGCCUGUUGUGGCUGGUGUCCUCGUUCUUGUCACAUCUGUGGCUGGUUUGCUGUUCAUCAUCUUCUGCGCAAUGGGGCUUACGCGGUACGGCAUGUGCUUCGCUGGUGGGUCGCGGUGGAUGAAGGCGUUCAACGUGUGCGUGCUUGGCGUGUUCCCAUUUCUUGUCUUCGUUGUGCUGCUGGUGUUCUGCAUUCUGGGCUUCAGCUUCCACAGCCUGAGCCGGCAACUCCCGCCGCUGGACAAGGACUACGCGGAGGUGCCUGGCGUUACAGGUCCUGUUCACAUCAUCCGCGAUGAGAACGGUCUUGUGCACGUGAAGGCAAGCAGCCGCCACGAUGCGUACUUCGGGCAGGGGUUCGCGGAGGCACAGGACCGGCUUUUCCAGCUGGAGUUCCGCCGCCUGGUGGGGCUUGGGGAGCUGGCCUCGGUGGUGGGCGCCGGCGGCAUCGCGGCGGACAAGGCAACGCGCACGCUGAACAUCAAGGCGUCUGCGGCAUCGCUUUGCAAGUAUGCCAAGGCUUCUGAUCUUGCGCUCCUGCAGGCGUUCGUGGACGGCGUCAAUUACUACCUACAGCACGUGUCCAAGCGACCAGUGGAAUUUUUUUUCAUGUCGAAGCCGCUCUACUUCCAUGAGCCGAAACCGUUCACAAUAGAAGACCUCUGUGUGACAAUGCGACUUGUGCAGUGGCAGAUGAGCUCGAACAUUAAAAAAGAGGCUGAUCGCUUCUCCAAGUUCUUUACACCGCUGCAGCGCAACUACAGCCAAGUUGAAAGCCUGUUCAAUAACUUUACUGGCGCCAACCACACCAUCCUGACUGCGGAGCAGUUGAACUUGACAGACUCCCAAUUGCAGGCCAACAUCGUCAAACACAAGCGAUCACACGAUGGGGAAGAGGCCAUUUACAACCAACUGCUGUCGAUGGUGAGGAAGACACUUCCCCUCGGGAAGUUGGCACAGAUACGUUCACCACAGGAUUUUGUGGAAGAAUCACUGAAGCCUGUGUUUUCUGAGGGGUUCUCUGCCAAGGGGUCCGUGAACGUAUUCGCAAACAAGUACCUCCAUGCGAGCAAUGCGUGGGCGGCACGUGAUGCCAAGAACCAUUCGGUUGCUGCUUCCGAUCCACAUCUCCUGAUCGAGUUACCGUCUGUGUGGUACUACAUUCACCUGAGUUUCCCUGAUGAAGAUGGCGAACAAUACGACACCGCCGGUGUGGCCAAGACAGGUAUUCCUGGAGUCCACAUUGGCAAGACCACUUAUGUGUCGUGGGGCAUCACCAUGAGCUUGACGGAUUUGGAAGACCUCUUUGUGAUUGCCAACGUACAGGAUCUCACAAAGGCACCGACCAGCUACAUGUAUCGUGGCAAGGAGCGGAUGUUGGUUCCACGACGCGAGCGCAUCGCCGUUCGUGGCUCGAAGGAUGUGGUGCUGGACGUGGAGGAUACACUGUUUGGUCCUGUUGUGAAUGAAAUGGUUGGAGGUGAACGGCUACCGGCAGGCAUCAAACUCGCUCUGUACGCUGUGCCGCUGCGCCACGACGACAAGGAGUCCAUCUCUGUUCUGUUAUCAUUGUCUGACCCGGCUAUCAAGACGGCACAUCAGCUCAUGACCAGCCUGCUGAAUCUUCGCUCACCGGGCUUUUCUAUUCCUAUUGCGGACCGGGAGGGUAACAUUGCAUACGCGGUGACCGGCAGGCACCCGAUGCGCACCGUUGGGCACACCGGUAAGUACCCUUGUGUGCUGCUGGUCACCGGUAACGACACGUACGUCUCCGAUGACCCGAGCGUGGAGGACAGCCUCGUGCCCCCCGAAGCCAAUCCGCACUUUCACAGUCCCGCUGACGGAAAGCCGAUGCACAUCUCCGCCGCAAACCAGAAGAUAUACCCUGAUGGCUACCCUUACGAGCUUGGUUUUGACUUCGCGUGGUCGUACCGUGGUAGACGCCUCCAUGAGCUGCUGGACGCGUUGCAGGUGGAGGAUGGGGGAAGUCAACUGGCAAACAUCACGCGGCACAGACAAAUUCAACAGGAUAUUCGGAGCAAUAUUUGGAUGCAGGACUUCCGACCCAUUGUCAAAUUGUUUACUGUAUCCACCGAGAGUACCUCCACGAAGCGGUGGCACGAGCGGCUGAUGGCGUGGGAUGGGCAGGCAAGCAUCGGGAGUCAGGAGGCCGCCUUCUUUUGGCGGUGGCUGCAGUCGCUGUCGGUGCUGCCGCUGGACACGCAAGGCUCAACCCCGGCUGAGCGCUAUGUGUGGCGAAUGUUGUCGCAGCGUGAUUCGGUUAUGGACACGAUUUGCGUCGGGUACGCGGCGCAGAUGAAGACCAAGCCGGUGACUGACUGUAUGCAGCUUGCUUUUGUCAUGUUCAAGCGACUGGCCGAGACGAAUUUCCAGGAGCGCUGGGGCAUUGAUAUGAACCGCCUCACUGGUGUGCACACCAUGCUACACGAGAAGAUCCUUCGCCCUGUCUUCGAGCGAACCAUCGAGAAGGAUGGCGACAUGUCAUCGCUCUGCGUCUCUGGGAACAACAUCACAGGAGAUCUAGACAGCACGCAGGCGAGCUCGAUGCGGCAACUGUACGACAUGCAAGACCCGGACACCAUGUACUUCGCCAUCCCAGGGGGCGAGAGCGGCAACCCGUACUCGGAGUUCUACCAGAACCUGCUGGAUAAGUUCGCCAAGCGUGACUACGUGAAGGUGGCAACCUCGGGGAGAGCCGUCAACGAACUGCAGGCAGGCGGCCGAGCCAGGCACCACCAAGUACUUUCCCCAUGA